AUGGACGAAGACAUAAGCUGCAUUGAUGAGGACAUGCUUUUGUUAAAUUCUCCCUCGCCACCAUCCAAUCAUCCAGCUGCAAGAGCUUCAAAUUCCAAGUCCAAAAAGAGAAAAGCGAUCUCAACCCCACCGAAAGCAUCCACGAAAAAGGCAACAUUAAUAUCCCCGUCCGUUCUUGGAAUCAGUGACAUCGACGACGAACUAGAAAUUAUCGAAGCUGACAAUGAUGAGAUAGAAGAAAUUACUGGUAUAAAUGAUGUUACGGUCAGCAGUGGUAGCUAUCUGGAAGAUGAAGAAGAAGAUCUGGAUGAUGAGGUAGACGAAGGUUUGUUUGAGUUUGGAGAAUCCGACGAAGAGAGCGACGAGGACAUUGGUGCACUUCUAGAUGGAAAAAUUAAUAUUUUUCACUGCCAUGGUUCAUUCUUUGUGUGGAAUGCCGAUGAUGUGCUCAUGCUCCGUGAGGAGUGUAGAAUUGUUGGGAAGCUGACUGGCAGCCUUCCCCGAGCUCCUCGGCAAAAUAGUCAUCUUGGGAUUCCAUUACAGCUGAUGCCAGAGGAAGUUAAACUGUUAGUUGAUAUAGAGGCUGCCGUGGUGGUCACAGAAGAGCCACCUUCAGAGAAAGUGCUUGGCAUACGAGAAGCUGCCAUCCAGAAUGUUCGAGCCACAAAUUUAAAGAUCCAGCAACAACUUUUUAAAGAAACCAGACAGGAAGAUGUCAAAAAGAGGAUGAAUGACAUCAUUGCUGGGAAAAAAGCAAAGAAACAAAAACCCAAGAAAGGUGCAACAAACAUUGAAGUAGCCACCAACGCUGCAGACGUCAAGUUGGACAGUAGGAAUGUGGUAGAAAAACAGAUGAAAACAGCCAGUGGACAAGAUGAUAAUGAUCAUGUGACAGAGGAAAAAGAUUCAGAAAACAAGACAGAGUAUGUUGGAGGUGAUGAUUUGACUGUUGAUGAUAUUAUCUCGGAAACUGCUGACACAUCUGAGAAACAUUGUUUGGUCCAGAUUUUUACAGAAAACCCAUGGAAACGAACCAUUCGUCCCUAUUUUGACUGGGCCUACCCUUCCACCGAGCGGGAGGUGCUCAGAUACCAUGUGUUCAAGGAUCUGUGGGGGAAGGGCUUUUUCUUGACAUCUGGUGUGAAGUUUGGAGGAGAUUUUCUUGUGUACCCAGGUGACCCUGCCAGAUAUCAUUCCCACUACAUCGCAGUCUGUAAGAGUCAAGCAGAAGCGUUGCCCAGCCUUGACAUUAUUACUUAUGGCAGACAGGCCUCAAAUGUGCGAAAGACUGCGUUACUGUGUUCACUGGACAGAAGUAAAAAGGUGUUUUACAUUUCACUGCAGUGGACCGGGAUGUCUUAA